UGCAAAAUGACAGAAAAUUUGAUAUUAGAUUGUGUUGCACGAAUCCAUCUGACAUUUUACAGCUUCAACUGUCAUUCUUAUUCCUCACGAAUAUAAAUUCAUUAAACAAAUCCCUCUCUUCCUUCUCGAUUUACAAUUUAUUAUAAACAUUCUUCUCUUAAAUCUCAAUGAACAAUCAAAACCCUAAUUAAUUGUGUGAUAUUAUCCCGAAAAAUUCAACCACAAAAAAUCUAAUUGUUUCAUUACUUUAUUAAUAAUGAAAUUAUACUCCUGUUUAUUAAGUAUUAAUGUAAAUUAAGAUUUUGUAUAUAUUGUACUUACGUUUAUAGUAUUAUAACAUACCGUAACAGCACCCAAUUUUUUAUGUACAACAGAUCGAAAUACAGAUCAUCAAAAAUCGCAUUAUCAUCGUUAAAAUUGGGAAACACGAGGAGUAAUUAUAACGAAUAUUAAUAUGAUUGAAUUUAAUAUAAAAAGUGAUAUGAACAGCACAAAAUUGUGUCCGGAUUAUUGACCCCUGGGGGAUGAGAUAAUGAUAGAAUUUCCCACCGCGUGGUCGUUCCCCUCGCGCCUCGAAGAAUCAGAAAUAGAGUGCACGGAAAUAGUGAAGAGUCUUUUUAGGGGCAGUUCAUCGUGACUUGUCGUCAUCACCGUUCGGUUUAUUCCCUUGAGCAAAAGUCAAACGUCUCCAAACGGGUCUCAAGCGCUUGCUAAUCGGAGACAAAAAUGGAGGGCGAUGAUAUUGAAAUCGCUAAUUACUUUAGAUCGAAUUUGGUCGCGAUGAGGCGCACAAUUUCCGACGAGGAUUUCCGGAAUUUCGGGAAUUUGGAGAGGAACAGUGAGAGGGUGGCUUUUAUACUCAAGUACCCGGAGGCUCAUGUACUGCCACUGGAGAUCGAAGAUGCUCCGGUGAAGAGUCUCGAGAAAGCUCUGAAGAUCAAAGAGUCCGGGAAUAAGUACUACGCGCAGGGGAAUUUUUUAAAAGCUCUGGAAAUUUAUUCUAAUGCUGUUCUCAUAACUCCUAGAGAAGAACUAGGAAUAUUUCUAGCGAAUAGAUCAGCUGCUCUCAACAACCUCGAGCUUUACGAUCUCGCCCUGAAGGACAUCGAGGAAGCCCUGCGUAUCGGUUACCCCAAGGAAUUACGUUACAAAAUAGAGGAGCGUCGGGCGAAGUGUUACUUAGCCAUGAACAACCAUCCGGCGGCAGUGGAGGCCUUCCGGAGGACUCUCCAAGCGCUGGACCACGCAAAGCUCCCCCUGGAGCGCAAGCAGAAGCUGGAGUCCGACAUCAGGUUGAUGCUGGCCAUGAUGGAGAAGUCCAAGCAGCUCACUGAGGCCAAUAAACCUAAAACCCCGGUGAACCAAGCGCCGAAGGAAGUGGACGAUUUACAGGUUCCGGUUCCAGUAAUUAAGGACAUCAAUCCAGCCUAUCCGGGCGCCAGUUCUGCGGUGGAAAUCAGGGAUGCAGGUGGAGAUAUUGGGAGACAUGGGAUCGCGACGAGGGAUAUCAUGCCGGGGGAAGUGAUCAUCGUGGAGAAGCCCCAUUGCGCUGCAGUACUUGGGGAGUACAGAUUGGCAAACUGUCACUACUGCUUCAAGAAAAAUAUCGCACCCUUUCCUGCGGCGUGCGAUACGUGCGCCCUGGUCGCCUACUGCAGCGCAAAAUGCCGCGACACAGACGCACAAACGCACUCCAGCGAGUGCAGCAUCCUGGGACCGCUGUGGCUGUCCAACGCUUCCAUAACUUGUCUCUUGGCGAUCAAGGCGGUGGUUCAGAAGCCCUAUGCGAAAUUCAGGAAGUUGAAGGACGAGAUAGAGAGGUCUGAUAAGAAGUUCCAGGCCUCCAAGGAGCAUCCCUUCAGGGGGAGUGACUACAUGGCUUUUCAUUCAAUGGUGACGCACGAGAGUGAAAGAACCAAAGAAGACCUCUUCCACAGGGCGUACAUGGCGGCCUGGCUCCUCCGGGUUCUGAAGAAGAGCCCCUACCUCCCCGAGGAUUUGAAAACCCCAGACCUCGCUGAACACACCCUCACCGAGGACGAGGCAUUCCUCGGCGGUCUCCUCCUCCACCAUUUACAGCUCCUCCAGUUCAACACUCACGAGAUAUCCGAAUUGGUGAAGCCGAGGAACGAUAAAACCCUGAAGAGGGCGAAGAGUAACUUCAUCGCUGGGGGUUUGUUCUGCACGCCCGCCCUUCUGAAUCAUUCCUGCAAUCCUGGGGUCGUUCGGUACUUCGAGGGAAAGACGAUGGUGGUGCGGGCGAUACGAACGAUCCGAGCAGGAACCGAAAUCUGUGACAACUACGGGCCCAUUUUCACUGUUGAAUCGAAAGCCGAUCGUCAGAGGAAAUUGAGAUUGGAGUACUGGUUCGACUGCGGGUGUGAAGCUUGCGCCGGUACCUGGCCGCUGUUGGAAGACAUAAAUCCCAAGAUUCUGAGAUUCAAAUGUGAAACUGGACCAAUCUGCGGUAAUAUUCUCUCAGUGAACGUCGACAUAAACGAAUUCAUGUUGAACUGCUCCAAAUGUGGCAAGAGCACCAACAUCAUGAAAGGCCUGAAAGCCCUGCAGGAUACAGAUGCACUUUUUAAACUGGCCUCGAGGCAUCUCGAAGAUGGCGAUCAUAAUAAGGCCUUAAAGGCUUAUUUGGAUAUUCUUAAAUUACUGGACGAGACUCUGGCACUGCCCAUUAGGGAUUAUCACAUCUGUCAACAAGGAGUGAGACUAUGCAUGCUACCACUUGGCAAUACUGCCUGGCAAUCUCUGAUAUAAUUCGCUCGAUUUGUGCCAGUGGGAAUCGAAGGGAAAUAUACGCUAAUUAUAUGUAAGGCCUAUCAUUGACAGAUGGCAGGAAAAUUACAAGAACUUUGUUGACUUGAUAAGCGCACGAAAGACUAAAAAUCAUCCACUAGAUUUUUCAAACGAGGAGAAGAUGAUUAAUAGAGAAAUUAUAACACGCGUCAUGGCAGGAGUAAAAUGAAAUGAAUUUUCCGGAAAACAUCGCGGGGAUAAUAAUGAUAUUCCAACUCAUAUAACAACAUUGUGGUUUAUUCAUUACAGACUACUCAACAUCUCAACAAUUACGUCAGCUAUGAUAAUAAAUUCCUUUUUCCUGUAGAUGGCAUAUCAUUUUCCCAAUGUAAAACGAUCUGGCGGAAAAAAGAUGAGGAAAAUAUCGGUGCGAAGUGAUGUUCCGCAAUUGCCUAAACUGAACUCAUACUGUGAGUGUAUGAGUUAUUAGAAAUGUCCUAUAAGUUGUCUAUAAAUGUUCAUUCAUUCUGACGAUGAAAAUCUCGUACGAAUUGCAGCAGCCUUGAAAAAUAGUUGAAAUAUUAUAUUUAGAUGGACCAAAUGCGCAGUAAUCGGCCGAUCUUGUGGAUUUCAUUAAGAUAAACGCAGUUGGCUUUGACGUGAAUGAUUAAUAAGUGUUUGACAACUUCAUUUAGCAACUCGGGAGGUCAGAAUCUGCACAAGAACCGCGGUAAUAUCAACCGAAUUCUGCUAUCAGCGCAGAGUCAAAUCGGUAGCGAAGUGGGAAAACAAUAUCGUUAACUUACUUCUAAGCCGGAUUUUUAGGGAAUAUCUCAGAAUCUCGAGGGAGUAGCGGAAUUUUCGUAAUGACAUUUGUUUUAGAGCUCGAUUUUCUCCACAAAAAAUGUUCUAUCAAAAAUUUUUCUAUCUCCCCUAAAUUUCGAGAUAUUCGUCAAAAACCGUCGACGGUCGGAAGUGACUUCUCGUUUUACCACUUCGCUGCUGAACUCUGAGUUCAGUCAUUGAUAUCAGGAAUUUUCCAUGAAUUUUCUCACACUUGUGCGGAAUAGCUCUCAUCCCUGGGGCGGGAAAAUUCAAACGGCCAGUCCAUUACACUCAAUCGCUUGUUGCAAGAACUCAUUCUUCUCAACACUUUCCUCGUCGAGAGGUACAGACCUGAACUCACGUUUCCUUGUUUGUCCAUUCAAUUCUUCGAAAAUAUCCAGCUUCGAUCGUCCUUUCGUCUCAGGCAGAAGGAAAUAUAUAAUUACAAGUGUGAAACCCGUGAAUAAUGCCAGGAUGAAGAAGCUGACGUGCAUGCCAAAUACAGCAGUCAUCGAGGGAAAAGCUAGUGUUGUCAAAAAAUUGGAAAUAAAUUCAGUGGAGAGAGAGACUGACAGGCCGAGGCUCACGAUAUCUGCACUGAAGAUUUCCGAUGCGACUGUGGAGGUCAGUGGGCCCAAUCCUGCACAAAAGGCCAGUGCGAAGAUGGACAUUGUGACCAGGGGCAGCCAGGACACCGCCGACAAGUCGUAGUGGCGAGAUUGGAGGAUCAAAAAUGUUCCAAAACCGAAGUGACUGAUUAUCAUUCCCAUGCAGGCUAUUAUCACCAGCUUUCGCCUUCCCAGAUUUUCUAUUGUCAAGGAUGACGUCGAUGAACCGAUGAUUUGGAUAACAGCGAUGAUUAUUGAUGCCAGAUCGGGAUCCACCGAGCACUUGGCUUUGUCGAAUAUUGUAGUUGUGUAGGAGAAC